AUGAGAAUCAGUCUCAUGUCGCAAAUGCAGCGAAGCUUCUCGUUCGAAUUGCCUUCACUGGUUCCUCUGCAACUUCCAUCUCGGAUGGAGACUCAUCUAUGGUAUAUUCUACCGGAUGAAGUGAAAAGCACAUCUCUUCUGAAACACUACUCUCAGCUUCUAUCGCCACCGGAGACUGAUAAAGUUCUUCAAAUGCGAGGCGAUGAUCUCAAGAAGAACGCUUUGCUUGCUCGCACCUUGGUUCGAACCACCAUCGCAAGAUACCAGACUAACAAUGCGGUCGAUCCAAGGUCCUUGAUGUUCAAGAAGAAUAUGUAUGGGAAGCCUGAGGUAGAUUGGCAGAAUUAUAAGAACUGUAACAUUCCACCAUUGCAUUUCAACAUCUCCCACACAGAUUCAUUGAUUGCCUGUGGGGUAACACUACAUGUUCCAGUUGGAGUCGAUGUGGAAGACAAGGAAAGGAAGAUCAAACACGAUGUUUUAGCAUUAGCAGAAAGAUUUUACUCUACUGAUGAAGUGAAGUUUUUGUCAACUAUACCGGACCUGGAACUUCGGCGAAAGGAAUUUAUCAAGUUAUGGACUCUUAAGGAGGCAUAUGUGAAAGCAUUAGGAAAAGGCUUCUCUGCUGCACCUUUUAAUACCUUCACAAUCCAGUCUAAAUCUGGAACAAAAGGAGGCUACAAUCUUUACAAGACAUCUGAAACGACUACCGAUUCACUGGAGAAGACAAAGACAUACAACAGAGAAUGGAAGUUUGCUCUUCUGGAUUUGACUGAUUCUCAUUAUGCAGCAAUCUGUAUUGAAAAUGAUCAAGCUACUGGAGGAGCUCCUAUGAAGGUGAUUAUUCGGAAAACCAUCCCUUUUGUAGAAGACGAACUCAUUUCCGAUAUCAAACUUCUUUAG